CAAUCGAAUCAAAUACAUACACGAAUUAUAACUAAUAUUCUUCCAUCUCUAUUUUAUAGUUGUCUUUUUUUUACAAUAAAAACGAAAUGUCAGACCAAAGUGAAAAAACCUUACGCGAUUUUGAAACAAUAUUUCAAGAAUUAUUUAACUGGCAGCUUGAACGGGACUUGAUACUGAAACUCAUUCCAUACGUGAUAAAUAUAUAUCAAAAUAAUUCCGACAAAAUUGGAAGUCCUGAAUAUUUAUGUGAACACACUGGGUUGAAAAAUGUACCGCAUAAUCUGGACGAAGCAUCCUUUCUGAAAUACGUCGUUGAGCAUGAAUUCCAGCACCUUCAGACAUUGUUGAAAUGGAUUCUAAUAACGCCUGACCUACCCUUCGGAAGAGACAUCCUCGAAAUGAUUUCCACAAUGGAAAACUAUUUCCUGUCUUCCUUAACUUGUCUUCAUGGUCCAAAAAGUCAGACAAAUUCGAUCAGUGGAGCAACACGACAGCAGUUUCAGUUUAAAUGCAAAACCCCUCAUGGUUCCGAAUUCUGGGUACGAUGGUUUUAUCCAACUUCGCCGAGCAACUUCGAAUCGGAGCACGCCUUGCUAAAAAAGUACGAAGGAAUUUGUUUCCACUACGUUACGGGGAUGCAAAGAACUCAAGUACCAAAUUUUAUCGUAACGAAUGACCAAUUUGAAGGGAAAAUUAUCCUAACCAUUUCUCACAUUCCCGACUCACCCCUAGAUUCUUGGAUGAACGCGACGUUCCCACAGCGCAGAAAUUUUGAAACCCCCAAGGAACAAAUUCGGUCCCAAAUACAAAUGUCUCGUGGCGUUUUUAAAGGUCUCGAAGUUCUUUUAAGAGCAAAAUUGUCAGACUUGGUCCUACUUCCGAAACAGACUAUGAUUCAUGAUGCGAAGUCUGGGCUUCCAAAAGUGCAAUUCGAUGCUUCCAUAAUUCAUUUCGAAGGGGAGACUAAAUCAUGCUCCCAGUUUGACCAAUUGUUUACUCAGGGUAACACCCCCACGAAGACAACGUUUUGUAUCGGAAUGAUCAUGCUCUACUCUUUAUCCGCCACAACGGAAGAGGAUUUUCAUAAAUUGGCUCAUGAGUUUACCACGACCAAGAAUGAGAAUGACUUUAAGAUGGAAAUCAUAGGAAAAUAUGCCCCAAUAAUUGCGGCUUCGAAGUCCCUCAUGAAUUUGGUGCACAGAGUGAUCCACUCAACAUACAGUUCCCAUCAAAUUAUAAAUCUCUUUGUGGAUUGGACCGCAUUAAGCAACGACUUUGCCCAUGAGGAGGACGAGAUUAAUUUUUUUGGCAUAGACGAACGCGUGAAAUUGUUAGUUUACCCCGUUGGAAGAGGUGUCAUUGAAGACUUAUUCCUCGAAUUGAUUAAACUUCCCUUGACUUUGAGCAGUGUUGAUAAACUGGUGGAUAAACUAUUCAACGAAGAGGGGAUACUUCCUGACGUGGAAUUAAAAAAAUCCCUUGACAGUUUUGAAAGCAUACUCUACUACGUGAAGGAUACAAGACCCUGGCUAAUUCGAGAACUAAUAUCAAACCUUGAGAUCCACUUCUCUUCACAACUUUUUACCAAGUUAUUCAAGUCUAUUUCUACCCACUGGCUAAAACAAAUUCAAAACUUCUCCUACCUCGGUGUGGGGGAGCAUGGCUACCUAUUUCAAAAAGAAGAGGAUGCCACAGCCAUGCCGGAAUUUCGGUCAAGAAUUAUGUUGCUCUUGCCAAAACCUGGAGCGAGCAUAAAAGUCGUGUCAAAAAUGUUUUCCAAAAUCAACCUCAAUCUGUCAAGGGACCACUUUCUCCACUUUUACGACGGGAUUGAGCAACGUACAAUUUACUCCGAACAAUUAUAUAACUACAUAUCGUCCUCUACUUACCUCCCUCGUGGCGUUGUGGACCUAAUCCAUUCCGGAUAUUACGUCCAAUUCUGGCUAAUUCAGUAUCGCGCGGGAAGAACUAGUCUGCAAGAUUACCUAGCUAAUUCUAAACCCCUUGUUGUAAAUUCCUUUGCAUAUGAUAUUAUCGAAAGUUUAUUUCACUGUGUCGAGUUUUACGGAGUGUUCAACAUUCCUGUGCCAAUGCCAUCUCCGGAAAACAUAUUUUUCGUGGAUUGGAUAUCCUCGGGUACUCAAGGUAGCGGCAAAUUCAAAUUACCAGUGGUUAUAGGAGACCAAUCUUUAAUCACCCUUACCUCGGAGCAGCACACUUCAAACCUAACUCGUACCGAAAGGCCGACAAUUGUUUACAAGUUGGGUUUACUAAUUCUGCAACUAUUAUUCCCUGAAAAUUGCAAAAUCGGGGUUGAGGAAUUACUUGGCAAAAUUGAAAGCGUGUAUCCCAAUCACCACUAUUUAUCCUGCCUUCUGCGUGAGAUGAUGCUCCCAAAUGGUAAAGAAUCCAUGAACCUGGAACAUUUUCAGAAUCUUGAGAUAGCAAGUAUUGGCUUGAUGCCUGUUAAACGUCCCCCUUUCACCCUACGUGACGACAUUGAUACAAUUACGCUCUUAAACCACGGGGAUAAUCAGAAUAUCGUCGGGGAUGUGGUUGCCCUUUUAUAUGAUGAUAUCAUAGAGCUAACGCGUAGCUCAAAUCCAACGCACGCCGAUUGGCAAGAAAACUUAGACCGUAUCCUAAUAGAAGACAGGAGCAGUGGCUGUGGGCAUUUUAAAGAACUUGAGUGCAAUCGUGAAAAAUUCGAGGAAAUGUCCAAUGUACUGCAAAUGUUAAAAAACAAAUCUCUCGCAAAUGGAUACCUUUGGAUCAAAGAGAUUUUUUUGUUUGGUGCAUUCGACAACCCAAGGUUUCGAGAAAAAUUGGCAUCAACGAUUAAAUCAGUUUGGGUUAAGACGAUACUCUCUGAGAUUGAGUUAAUUGGAUGCGGAUCAUUCGGACUUGUGUUUCAGACCAGCGAUGAAACCUGGAAGGACCGCAAAUGUGCGACAAAAUUAAUUGUUCCCUCGAAUGAAGACGAGGCUCAAAAUGUGAUACGAGAAGUGGAAAAUGUGAGAGGUCUCUUCCAUCCAAAUGUUAUUUGGAUCAAAAACCAUGCAACAGAAAUUUUGUUAGCAGAGGCAGAUUUUAAGGUUCUCCUGAAAGGUGAACUUGACAUCCCCAACGACAAGACCGAAAGCGAAGUAUCUUCAUCCGGAGACCCGGCUACGAUGCGAAUUGAAAAGCUAAUUCUUCGCUCCCGCCAAGCGCCGGUUCCAUGUUGUCUGAUAAAAAUGAAUUUAGGUGGUCCCACCUUGCGACAAUUUCUUGCUGAGACAUUUAAUCUACGGAAAAAUCCGGAAAACAAAAUCGGUCGGUAUCAGUUAGCAAUUUGCCGCGACCUCAUCCGAGGAAUGCAAUAUCUACAGUCCAAAAAAAUUCUGCACUGUGACUUGAAACCUGACAACAUUUUACUUGCUACUUUUGGAAUCCCAAUAAAUCAAUUUGAAGAAAAUUUCGAUGACAAAUUUAUGCUACCUGUGCAAUUUGCGGAUUUUGGCUUGUCCUUCACAUUGGAUGGAAAUACCCACGAAUUUAGUAAAAUACGAAGAGGAAAUUUGCGAUAUCAAGCUCCUGAAGCUGAAACGACCUUUAGCUCUGAGAUUUACUCGAUAGGUUUAAUUAUUUUUGAAGUUUUGGUUCCAUGCGUGGGUGCAGGAUUGCGUAAUCUCACUGAAAAAUUGGUUUCAAAUUCUACGCUAAAAUUUAACGCUGAUGAGAUUCCUGUGCAAGAAUUCAUAUUGGGACUAAGAUCAUUUCUUCAGAAGGACGUGAAGAACAGGAUGUCAGUUCAAGACUUUCAAAUGUUUGAUGUAGACUGGGUUCACCUUUAUAAUUUCUUUCUUAACAGGGUGCAAGAAAUUCUGAAGGAAAUUAUAGGGUAUAAGGAAUAAUUUGACUAAUUUGAAAUUGGUAAAUAUAAAUAUGUAUAGAUUUAUAGCAUUAUUUAUGGGUGCAAUUUGAUAAAAAGUGUAGUCGAAUAUUUACAUACAUAUUUAGUUCCGUGUUCGUCAUUUUUGGAAGAUGACGUAUUCCAAAUCAGAGAAACUUCACGCGUGCUAGAUGGAAGUGUGCAAAACAAGUACUUAAUUAUAAUGUUCAAUUAACUAUUUUUUCAAACUUUUCAAACUUUAAACAACAUACAUAUUUACAUAAGCUUUAAAUGAUUCAUUGAUGUGUAUUCCAUUGUUCUUAUGCGGUAAGAAAGUGUAGUUUUCAGUCCAUACAAAAGUGUGGCUUCCCUGUUUUGAAUUUCGGAGAAGUGUUAUACCUACAUCAUUACAUACAUAUUUAGAUCUUUAGUCUUACUACUAAACUUUGUAAUUUACGUAUUAUUUACGAAUAAAUAAAUUGUCUAUUGUGUAGAUAAAUAGAUGGAUAUAUUUACAUAGAUAAGCGAUUCCACUAACGUAUUCAUGAAAGGGAAUAUGCAAAUCAAGGAUUCUUAUCGAAUUUUAACUUUUUAGCCCGAGUCAGGGCUUAUGUAUCCGUCAUGUCCGUCUGUC